GGAACGGCGGAGAGCGAGGGGAGUUCCCGCCGCUGUCGUCGGUAACUUGGCGCAGCCGCCCCUCUCCUGCCUGAGUUUCUGGUCUCCUCUUACACCAGGCAGUACCUGCCGAGGUUAUGUCGCUCUUCCAGUCCGCCUUGGACUUCCUGGCGGGCCCCGGCUCCCUGGGGGCCGCCAGUCGCGACCAGAACGAUUUCGUGGGACAGACGGUGGAGAUGGGAGACAUGAAACUGCGCAUCAAGCGAGUCAUCGCCGAGGGUGGUUUUGCUUUUGUCUAUGAAGCUCAAGAUCUUGGAAGUGGAAAAGACUAUGCUUUAAAGCGGUUGUUGUCUAAUGAAGAAGAGAAGAACAAAGCUAUUAUUCAGGAAGUUUGUUUUAUGAAAAAACUUUCAGGUCAUCCCAACAUUGUCCAGUUCUGCUCUGCUGCAUCUAUAGGAAAAGAAGAAUCAGACACAGGGCAGGGAGAGUUUCUUCUGCUUACAGAGCUGUGUAAAGGACAACUAGUGGAAUUCUUAAAGAAAGUGGAAUCCAAAGGACCUAUCUCGUGUGACACAGUUUUGAAGAUCUUCUAUCAGACGUGCAGAGCAGUACAACAUAUGCACAAACAGAAGCCUCUUAUUAUCCACAGAGAUUUAAAGGUGGAAAACUUGCUUAUUAGUAACCAAGGGACGAUUAAACUUUGUGACUUCGGUAGUGCUACAACUGUAGCUUACUAUCCUGACUACAGCUGGUCUGCACAAAAGAGAGCCCUGGUUGAAGAAGAGAUCACAAGGAAUACAACACCAAUGUACAGGACACCAGAAAUGAUUGACCUGUAUUCAAAUUUUCCAAUUGCUGAAAAACAGGAUAUAUGGGCUCUGGGCUGUAUCUUGUACUUGCUGUGCUUUAGGCAACAUCCGUUUGAAGAUGGAGCUAAGCUGCGCAUAGUGAAUGGGAAAUAUGUCAUCCCUCAAAACGACACUCGCUAUUCUGUGUUUCAUGACCUCAUUCGUUCCAUGUUGAAGGUUAACCCAGAGGAGAGAUUGUCGAUCACGGAACUUGUCAGUCAGCUGCAGGAGAUUGCAGCAGCAAGGAAUGUGAAUCCUAAAUCCCCCAUCACAGAGCUCCUGGAACAGAACGGUGGUUAUGGGAACAAUGCUCAGCCUCGGACAUCUGCGACUUCCAUUUCACAGAGCUCCAAGCCUGCAGGACAGCUGAACAAUAUGUACAAUGCAGGCCUGACCGUUGCGGAAUGUGACCAGACUUACGGAGGGUUCUUUGAUAUUCUGAGGGGUGGAACGGAGCGGUUUUUCACUAAUAUUAAGGAUACAUCUUCUAAAGUUAUCCAGUCUGUGGCCAAUUACGCAAAAGGAGACUUGGACAUAUCAUACAUCACUUCCAGAAUUGCUGUGAUGUCCUUUCCAGCUGAAGGUGUAGAAUCUGCUAUCAAAAAUAACAUAGAAGAUGUGCGGUUGUGUCUGGACUCCAAACAUCCUGGCCACUAUGCUGUGUACAAUCUUUCUCCAAGAACAUACAGGCCUUCAAGAUUCCAUAACAGGGUCUCCGAGUGUGGCUGGCCAGCAAGACGAGCACCGAAUCUUCAGAAUCUGUAUAGCAUAUGCAAGAAUAUGCAUUCAUGGCUGAAACAGGACCAGAAAAACGUCUGCAUUGUGCACUGCCUUGAUGGAAGAGCAGCAUCUGCUGUUGUUGUUUGUUCUUUUCUGUGUUUCUGUCGGCUCUUCACUACUGCUGAAGCUGCAGUUUAUAUGUUCAGUAUGAAACGCUGUCCUCCUGGCAUUUGGCCUUCUCAUAAGAGAUACAUUGAAUACAUGUGUGACAUGAUGGCUGAAGAACCCAUUAUUCCUCACAGCAAGCCCAUCCUUGUCAGAUCCAUCAUCAUGACUCCAGUUCCUCUCUUCAGCAAGCAGCGUAAUGGCUGCAGGCCUUUUUGUGAAGUAUAUGUGGGGGAUGAGAGAGUAACCACUACCUCCCAGGAGUAUGACAAAAUGAAGGAGUUUAAAAUUGAAGAUGGGAAAGCAGUAAUUCCACUGGGUAUUACAGUCCAGGGAGAUGUUCUCAUCGUGAUUUAUCAUGCCAGGUCAACACUAGGAGGCCGACUACAAGCCAAGAUGGCUUCAAUGAAGAUGUUCCAGAUUCAGUUCCACACAGGUUUUGUGCCCCGAAAUGCCACCACAGUGAAGUUUGCCAAGUAUGAUCUGGAUGCUUGUGACAUACAAGAAAAAUACCCUGAUUUAUUUCAAGUCAAUCUGGAAGUAGAGGUGGAGCCCAGAGACAGACCUAGCUGUGAACAGCCACCAUGGGAUAACAUGAAUAUAAAGGGACUGAACCCCAAGAUUCUUUUCUCUACCCGAGAGGAACAGCAAGAGAUUUUAUCAAAAUUUGGAAAACCAGAACUGCCUAGACAACCAGGUUCAACUGCUCAAUAUGAAGCAGAAGCAUCCCAGCUGGAGCAGUCAUCAGAAAGUGCACCUACUGAUACAGAAUCCCCACACAGCAGUAGUACUGAUACAAACAACUUCUUUCAUUCUCUGGACUGGAAAGAGGGGAAAAGUCCGGAAAGCGCAGUAGAGGAUAGUUCAUCUAGAAAUGAUUGUGCUCAGCUGUCUGAUGACAGAGAGGAGAGUGAGCCUUCAGAUGAGGAAAUACCUACAUUUCCAAGUGAAGAAAGUGCAGUAACUGUUGAUGAAAAAGAUCUGGCUACUCCAGAAGGAGAAUCACUGUUUGAAGCUGACUUUGAAGCUUCAUCCACACCAUCACAAAAACCUGCUCCUGAAGAAAAUGUUGACUUGCUGGGACUAGACUCUGAUCUUUCACCUGAAUGGAAACCACCUGUCUCAGAAGCAAGCUAUUCAUCAAGUAAUGCAGACUUGCUGAAUGAUCUGUUUGUGGGUAAUACUUCACAGAUUUUAAAAGAGCCUACUGGAGAUCUUCUUGGCCAAGGAACAGAUUUCUUUUUCAGUGGACAGUGUCCAGCUGCUAACCAGGGUACAUCUUCAGCAGCAGCCACAUCUUCAGCUGAUCCUUUUGAUCCGUUCACAAGGUUAUCAAGUUCAGAGAAUCAAGCCCUGUCUGGUCCAGACCUCUUUGGGGACUUUCUUAAUCCAAGCUCAACAUCUACACCUAGUACAGUUUCUUCUACAUACAGUUCAGUUAUGCCUUCUUCCAGCUCAGAUUUCUUAAAUUUAGGGAAUUUGACACCAGAGCCACCUAAAAUAUCAUCUUCUGCAAGCCAGCCAGAUCUCCUAGGUGGAUGGGAUUCCUGGGCAGACUCCUCAGUGACCAGCAGUAUGGCACCACCACAGCUGAAGCCUGUUUUUGAAGGUCAAGCUUUUACCACAGGAAGCCAGUCCAGUACAUCUUCAGGACCCUCUUUCAGCCAAGCUAAAUCUCAGAACUUUGAUCCUUUUGCUGACCUUGCUAGUCUUGGGUCUGGUCUUCCAGGUUCUUCCAGUGGUGGACUUUCAAACAAUGGCUUUGGUCAGAAGUCUGCUCCAUCACAGAAGCUGGGAAAUCAGUGGCAGAAAUCCACAAAACCACCUACUACUUCGUGGCCACCCCAAAGUAAGUCCAUGGCAGCUAAACCGAAUUACACAGUGAGCUUUAGUGUCAUUGGAGGACGAGAGGAAAGAGGAGUGAGAACCCCAAGCUUUGGUCAAAAGCCAAAAGUUUCAGAAAAUGAUUUUGAGGAUCUUUUAUCUAAACAAGGGUUUUCAGCUAAGUCUGAUAAAAAGGGACCAAAGACCAUUGCUGAGAUGAGAAAACAAGAAAUGUCUAAAGAUAUGGACCCCUUGAAACUUAAGAUUCUUGAAUGGAUUGAAGGAAAGGAGAGAAACAUCAGAGCAUUAAUAUCCACUCUUCAUACAGUGCUUUGGGAAGGGGAAAAUAAGUGGAAACCAGUCAGCAUGGCAGAUUUAGUAACUCCUGAACAAGUAAAGAAGUACUACAGGAAAGCAGUGCUUGUAGUGCAUCCAGAUAAGGCCACGGGGCAGCCUUAUGAGCAGUAUGCCAAAAUGAUCUUCAUGGAAUUGAAUGAUGCAUGGUCAGAGUUUGAAAGCCAAGGAUCAAAGUCCCUGUUCUAGAACGUCACCUUCCACAGAACUACUUCCAAAAGCCAGAACUGAGCAUUGUUGUUGACUCCCUUGCACCUGUGACUUACAAAGUGCUUGUCCAUGGUUUCAGCACUGUUUCCAGUCAUGCACUUCAGUGUGGUGUCUUGUGAGAUGCUGAGUACCAAGCAUUACGUAGAUGCAUUAAAGAAAACAGCUGCUCAGUGCUUGAGGGGAUCACAGUAUGGGAGUAGAGAUUUCUGUUUGGUUUUGUAGAGUUUUAACGAGGGUCCAUGGUUUCUGGUAAUAGUAGUAUUAAUGACAAAUCAUUCCCAUGUUACUGGUCUUUGCUUUACCUUUUCCCAACCUGUCCCAAACUUCCACUAGUUUCAUGAUUCCAUUUUGCUGUUUGGUGGCUCUGGCCUUACUCAAAGUGCUUCAGUUAUCAGCAACGACCUCGCCCGGCUCACCUCAAAUGUGAAGGUGUAUAUUUUCAGCUGUAUCCUAUGUGAUCAGUACCACAAUCAUUCUGUAAAUAAUGUUUUCCACCAACACCUGUGUUCCAUACAAUAAAGGAACAGUUGUUUAGCCAGAAUCCCCACCCCCAAAAUGUGGGAAAGUUAGACAGGGCCGUUCUUCAUUUUUGAUUUUGGGUGUUAUAUACAUCAUGAAUCUAGAAACAAACCUUGACAUUAAGGUCUGCAUGUUCCUGCUGUUUUGUUAUUUAUUAUGAACCUUUGGCAGGCAGUACUUGGACCAAUGUUUAUUUUUCUAGAUCCUUAAAAGGCUUCCUUUGCUUCCAGUUUCAGUGGGACCUCCCUUCCAUUGGACUUCAGAUAACUCUGAUUCUACUGUUUUGUUCUGAAACUUGAAGUGUAAAGCACAAAAACGUUUUACUCUGCACCGAGCUGAGUAAAUGCUACAUUACUUGUGGUCAUCUGGAGAGUAUUUGAAGUGCUUUAACACAUUUCUGCUGCAUGUCUGAACUUCUAUGUUUCUGAGAUAUGCUUGACAGUGUAUGUGAAAACGUGGGGUGCAUUGGUAGGCUUGCAUUUCUUGCUCGCCUACCUUCCAUGCACUGUUGAAUGCAAGAUGAGUAGAAACAAACCUUUGCUGCAUUCUCUCAUCCCUAUUCAGAAGACAGUUCCUUUCACUAUGGCUGAGGUGAAUGAAUGCAAACGAUCAAUGACUGGUUUACAUACUCUGUGGGAAAACAAAAUGCAGUUUUCCCGUCAGCUUUGAAAAAUAUUGGAAGUCAGCAUUGUGGUUUUAAAGCUUUAGCAGCAAUCUCUGGAGACAAUAGAGUUGGACUUUCAAGGGGAUAUUUUGAUCACGUUGCCAUUUUAUACCUUUCUGCAUGCUUAACUGAGAGGGAAGCUAUACCAGUAUCAGAGGUAACUGAUCAGCUGAGCAACAUCUUUACAGAAAACAUGAGUUGAUGUUGCCACCUAAGGAGUGUGGUGGGUGAAGAUUUCCACUGCCACGCCAGCCUGAGAGUGUGUGGGUUAGGCUUUAGAAUGCAGGUUGCAGUCUAGUCUCUAAGCUCAGAUCUAACACAGUAACUAACCACUGAUGAAAAGGGGAUAUUUUGUGUAUAUAGCCACAUAUAUAUUCAGCUACUGUGAUUUUGUUCUUAAUUGUGUUUCAUUAA